GGGAGAAAACCUUACUACGUAGGACUUCAAGAGCUACCGGCAAGCCUGAGAGAAUUCCUUGCUGAGGCCUAUGCCUUCUUCACGAGUUCACACCAACUGGAGAGAGCAGGACAGCGUGUGUCCCUUACCACCUACGGAAAAGCCCAGGAGCGGAUCUUGUGUGAGUACUGUCUUUUUAUUUCUUUAAAAUACGAUUCCGAGAGAAACGUGGCACAAACCCGUGUUUGCCUUCUUAAGUUAGAGUAGUGAAGGAAAGAAGAAUCAGGGGGCACCCAACGAUUGUUUUCUGUAAAAUAUCUGUUCAGAGAAGAAUAUAAUGCCUAGAAUUUUGUGUUGCUUGAGGACGGCUAAAAAUUUCUAGAUGACAGUUGCGUUCUUGUACAAUUUCUGAAACUUAUCCAAUAAAUUCAAGUGCUAUUUCACACAUUUUUUUUUGGAGGAACAAGUACCUCAGGGAAUCAUGAUCCUACUAGUUUGGCCUACUCAAGUUUGGUGGCCACAACUGCUGAAAAUGUUAAUUGCAAUCCCAUUACCGGUAGUCUUGCCGAAGCAGGAGGACCUACUUUCACUAUCACACUCUCCUUAAACACUACAACCCUUAAGGAGGAAAUUGACUAUGCUGGCAUGUCUCCUGUCUGGCAAUCCAUCCAGGGUAGAGGAAUUUUAGAGGUGGUUGCUAAGCUGAUCAUGGAAUCCUGGAGAGAUGGAACAAAGAAACAGUACAGUACCUACAUUACAAAGUGGCAAACGUUUUGUAAUCAGAGGCAGAUCAGUCACAUUCAACCAUCUGUAGUGUAUGUGCUUGAUUUUCUAACCCUGCUAUAUCAGCAAGGCCUUACAUACAGUGCCAUCAAUACAGCCCAAAGUGCUUUGUCUAGCUAUAUUACUUUAGAAAAUGGGACAUGCGUAGGAAAACACCCUCUAGUACCUCGGCUAAUGUGAGGCAUUUUCCAGGAAAAACCACCGAGACCUAAGUACACGGAAAUUUGGGAUGUGUCCAUUGGUCUUUAAUGCCUUUAGUCUUUAUCCCCUGUGGAUAAAUUGUCCUUGAAGGAACUUACGCUGAAACUCCUUGUGCUUAUUCUAUUAGACCGUUGUAUUAUUCUAUUAGACCGUUCAUUUGCUAAGCAUCGACCACAUGGUCUCUGUGAAUAAUUGCUAUACUUUUCAGAUUGUUAACCACUUAAAACAAAGCAGACCAGGUGUCAAAAACCCUCUUGUAGAACUCAGACCUUUCAAGGAUGAGACUGUGUUGUAACAACAUUAAAGGAGUACCUAACGAGGACACAAUCCUUACGGUGGUCAGAAAGCCAAUUGUUUAUUACUGCUUAUACUGCUUUUGUAAGAAUUUCACAUAAACAAGGAAUCUCAGCACUUCUACAAAAUUAAUAUAUAUUGGCUGUCUCCCUCACCCUCUUUUCAAAAGAGGUUAAUUGUUAAAAAUUGUCAGUCGAGUAUUUAAAUUAGGUGUUAAUAUAUGACUAAAUUAUUCUUGGUGUUAACGCACUCUGUCCAAGAAUGUUUUUCCAAUCCGUGAAAUUACCCAGCCCCCACUACAAAAUUUGAAUCGUUGGCUCAUAAUAUUGUAAAAUGAAAGUAUUAUGAGUCCUAUGGUUAAAAAUCUUAAACAUUUGGUUAUGCAAAAUAUUACCAGUAUAACAAAUUUCCCUCAUGUUAAUUAACAAAAUUGAAGGGUACAUUUCAGCCAUUAAUUUACUGUGCAGUACCAACUGUUUAGCACGUAUGGGACAAAGUUCCUUUAUUUUCUAUCUUCAGCUGAAAAACCAGAUUGCAGCAUUGUAUAGCUUAAGAGCCAAAGGCACCAAAGCCUUUGAAAUUGAUGAUACCCCUUUGGGCUGGAAAGCAAUCGAAGACCAGUACCACCGUGACAAAGCUAGAAGGGAACAGGAUUGUGUUCCAAAAGUCCCCAAUUUUAAGUACAACAAUGUGUAUCGUGAUGUGUGGACCCGCCUUCACGUCCUACCAGCCAAGAUCAUGCCGGUAACAAUAACUUUACGUUAGGUGGUUUCGUGUAAUGUAACUUGUUACGUUACACUGUUCCUGCACUUGUAGUAUCUCAGCCUGAAGAGUUUACUCAAAGCAUUCAUGAUCUCUAAAAGUAUUCUGUGUUAGAAACCAAAUAAUAAUGUUUAAUUCCUGAAAGAUUGAAUCUACAGCUGUACCAUUGACUCAGAUAUGAACCGAAGGUAUUGGAAAACUAAAUUUGCUCCAAGUAGACCCUGGAAACAUGUCUUUGCUGUAUUUAUUACUUUUGCUUUCAGCAAAAGUACAUGAUAAGUGCCUUAAGAGGUUAUUCUGAAUCUCAACCUAUGCCACCUGAUGCCACCUCCGUUAAGAAGACUGCCGAUUACCUGGAGGCAUGUAACCAGAUUUUUGAAAGGGGAAUUCUCAGCAGACAAAGAGUAAAAGGAAUGAACUCCCCUGUGAUAGAGAACAUGAAAGAUGGCUUUCAGUUUUUUGCGGAUUUGUUUCAAAAGCACAAAGAGAGAGGUAAAUCUAAAUUUUGGUCUAUAAAAGUCUACCUGUUAAACAGAGUGCAAAGUGUUGCUACUAUGUGUGUCAGAUUAUACAGAACACAAGAGAAGUCACAAAAUAAGUAGACUGACCGCAAGCUGUGCUAAAUGUUAUUUCUUAUUAGAGUUUCAUGGUUCUUUCAAAGAAACUAUAUACUAUAUACUGUAUGACUGUUAUCAUUGCAGAAAAGAAAAAACUAACAUAUCAUUUUAAUUUUCAAGUGGUCAAUAAAGAUUUUUACAUAAAUAAGAUCAUUCGAUAAUCCCAAUAAACUUUUAACAAUCUUUUGAGUGAAUAAAGAAAGAUUUUAUAUUUUUGCAUUAGCAUAAUUCAGCAAAAGAAUUUUCGCUAAUUGUAAAGAAUUAUUUGUUUUCGAUAAAAUGCGAUAGAUAUCCGCUUUAAUGAGUAUUCUGAUUAAUGCAAAACAGAAUGCUUUCUUUCUCAGCUAUAAUGUUUGUGCAUUAAUUUUAUCAGCCAACAUUGUUAUAUUGUUACUAUAUUAUUCAUACUUUUCGCUCUGUUUAGUUUACAGGGACAAUUCAGUGAAGUCCAGACAAAAGAAUUUCCUGGCUUGGCAGGUAUUAUAGGAAUUUAUUAAUAAUUAAUUGAAUUAUUUUUCAAUUGUGAUAAGUGAAGUUAAAACACUUGACCAGUCGGCUAUUUACUCCCAGCUAAAAUGUGGUCACUGUUUAUGCCUUUAUAAGUACAUUUUUCCCAUUGAAAUGUAUAUUUCAUUUUAUUCUUUUGGAAAAUUAAAGGGUGCCCAGAAUAAAUACCCAAGUGACCACUGAUAAACCGCAAUGUCCUCCUUCCAACAUACUUUUUGAAUGACUGUUUAUCAAAAGGAGAAUUUGGCAACAGACUAGAGUCAUUUCAAAACUUCAAUUCCACACCUUAUAUUGUGUCAUUAUAAAUUUUGGUUUUGUUCGUUUUGUUUAGACAUGGGAUCUGCUUCAGAUCAUGGUCAGCUCAUUUCUCCACUACAGCGAGUCGUUCGUCUAUCAUGUCCCUGCUGAAGAAGGCUAUUUCAUUGCCUCAAUUAGAAUUAAUGGCAGUGGGAUCGAGUCCUUCUUCAGCAAACUGAAGUUUGGAGCCUGGGGACAGCUAUCUGCAAUCAACUAUGGAAGUGGAGUGGCAUGCAUCCAGGCCAAAACAGAGGUUGAUCGUGUGACAGCUUCUGCCAAAAGCUAUAGAGAUGAGUCUGUCAUUGUACAAACCACUCUAGUCUUGCCUCAAAGUGAUGUGGCAGUUCAUGUUGAAGGGCGGAGUAAACCAUAUGGGUUCUCUUUUACAGAAUUUUUGUUUCCCUUCAACAUUAGUCAGUCCUGCUUAGGAGGGAGAAAUGGGAGCAAUGCAUGUAUCCUCAUUGCGAUUUUUGUUGGUAACUAUUUUUUAAGAAACAUGCUCCCAAAUAUCAGCUCCAUUGUCUUGCCUGUGGAGUGGAGUUCGGCAGUUGUGAACUGCAUAAAUGAUGGCAACACACUUUAUGAUGCCGUGUUCGAAGGCCAGAGCAGCAUUAGGGGUUUAUGGGUCCCUACCAUGAUACAAAUGAGGUUAUUGUCUUUGGAGCCCUCUGAUUGGUUGUGGACAAUCAGAGAACAUCGGAAGUCGGAAGUCGUCGGAGAUCAUCGGAAGUCAAUGUAG